AAUAAUAUCUCCAUUUUCGUCACUCUCUCUCUCUCUCUCUCUCUAAAUACACUACCUAUAUCUCUCUCAUUGUUCUGAUCGCCGGUAAAUCCUCGCCGUCCAAAAUGCUCCUCCAAGUUCCGGCGAUGGAUAUUCCCCGCUCGGAUCCACAACGCCGGUCAAUUUUACGCAAUUGAAAAUCUCCAACGGUACACGUCCAUCUCUACGAUUCGUACAGUAGAUCCAUUACGUCAAUCUACAGACACAUUUUCCGUACCAUUUUAUCCAACAUUUAGCCUGAUUCAGGGUUUUCUUUUCGUCCUCAUUGAUCUAUAGUCAACUUUAGUUUCCCUUCAAUUUUGAUGACUUGAUUGAAAUUUCGUGGAUAAAUUAAUAUUUAGGGUUACGGUCUUAUUCUGUUUUGUUGAGAAUUUUUUGCGAUGUUGCAAAGAAUUAUAAAGAGAGGGAAUCGGAAGGGGUCGAAAUCGGACGGUGCCGACUAUGGGUUUGUGCCUCCGGGAAAUCGAAAUUCUGGGUCGGUUUUGACGUCCAGUGUGGUGGUAAACCAUGCAUCUCGGGGUGCACCGGUCAAUUCGGUGCUGCAACAACCGAUGAUCGUGGCUGCGCCACCCUCGGGGACCAUUGAAACUCUCCCCAUGUUACGGGACGUUCCGGUGUCCGAGCGCCAGAACUUGUUUUUGCGGAAAUUGCAAAUUUGUUGCUUCCAAUUCGAUUUUUCGGAUAUACUGAAAAUGGUUAGGGAAAAGGAAAUCAAGAGGCAGACACUUGUGGAGCUUGUUGAUUUCAUACAAUCGGGUUCGGGGAAACUAACUGAGGGUAAUCAAGAAGAAAUGAUAAGGAUGAUUUCAGUGAAUAUUUUCCGCUGUUUGCCUCCGGCAUCUCAUGAAAAUACGGGAUCAGAAAAUAUGGAACCUGAAGAGGAGGAGCCAUACCUUGAGCCCUCGUGGCCGCAUUUACAGCUUGUGUAUGAGUUGCUUUUGCGAUAUGUUGUGUCCUCUGAAACGGAUACUAAGGUUGCCAAGCGGUAUAUUGACCAUUCAUUUGUGUUGAAAGUACUUGAUUUGUUUGAUUCUGAGGAUCCCCGAGAGCGGGAAUAUUUGAAAACUAUCCUUCACCGAAUUUAUGGGAAGUUCAUGGUGCAUCGCCCAUUUAUUAGGAAGGCAAUCAAUAAUAUCUUUUAUCGGUUUAUAUAUGAAACAGAGAGGCACAGUGGUAUUGGUGAGCUUUUGGAAAUUCUUGGGAGUAUAAUUAAUGGGUUUGCGCUGCCAAUGAAAGAGGAGCAUAAGUUGUUUCUUGUCAGGGCACUUAUACCACUCCACAAGCCAAAGUCCGUUGCACUGUAUCAUCAGCAGCUGUCAUAUUGCAUUACUCAGUUUGUUGAAAAGGACUAUAAGUUGGCAGAUACUGUUAUAAGGGGUUUGUUGAAAUAUUGGCCAGUCACCAAUUGCCAAAAGGAAGUUCUCUUUCUUGGGGAACUUGAAGAAGUGUUGGAGGCAACACAGGCAGCCGAAUUUCAGCGCUGCAUGGUGCCUCUUUUCAGACAAAUAGCUCGUUGCCUCAAUAGCUCUCACUUUCAGGUAGCAGAACGAGCUCUCUUUUUGUGGAAUAACGAGCAUAUUGUGAGCUUGAUUGCCCAGAACAGAAAUGUCACAUUACCAAUCAUUUUUGAAGCACUGGAGAAGAAUAUUCAAUCUCACUGGAAUCAGGCAGUCCAUGGUUUGACUGUUAAUGUUCGGAAAAUGUUCCUAGAAAUGGAUACCGAGUUGUUUGACGAAUGCCAGAGACAGUAUGCAGAUAGAGAGGCCAGGGCCGGAGAGUUGGAAGAGCAGCGGGAAUUAACAUGGCAGAGAUUGGCAGUUGCUGCAGCACAAGGAGGCUGAGGGGACAUGGUCACUGCCUACCUGAUCACUUACUAUGCAUCACAACACAAAAUGAUGCAUGCAUGAUCCCCAGAUUUGCUUUUCUCUCCAUCUUGGUGAUAUUCACUCUUUCUUCCUCUUUUUGCCUUUCUUGCUUCCUAAUCGUUGAAAACAGAAGAAAAAGUAGCUACCAAAUGUAAUUUAGAUGUAUCAAUAUUUGCAAGUAAUGUGCUGCAGAUUCAGGAUGGUUUGUGAAGUAUCUCUUCUGGGUUCAUUCAACAUUUUUCCUACAUGAAGAGAAGUACCUAUUAUCUUACAUUGCAUUUGUACAAUAUGGACCAAUAUUUUCCAUGUGAAGUAGGUUGGAACAUUCGGGUGAAAACUCUGUGUCCCUGUAACCCCAAUGUUGUGAAAUCUGUUAUGGUGAUGAAUUUGAGCAUUCAUAUACACAUGAAUGUGUUCUGCUUGAUAGAAUAUAAGGAGUAAGGGUAGAACUUAACAUUCUUCACGCCUUACCUUUCACUCUCGGGUAACCUUGGUUUGCCGUCUAAUUAUAGGCUAGUUAGCUGCUAGAGUGUUAUCUGGAAUUGCUCAGAUUAGUGGCAUCAUAGGUCCGUGGGCACUAAUAAUCUGAUUGGAAGCAACAUUGUUUAUGAAUGGUUGAUUCAUGUUUGGACAAGGAUUAUGUAUGGUGACCUAAACAUGGUUACUUAAAAGAGCUUCGUCUCAGAAUGACAUCUACACGUAGAAUUGAUCUAAACAAGUGUGGCAUAGUUGAUGAAGCCUACAGUCCAACAUUGUUUAGCCUUACGGGAUUGAAUCUACUUCCAUUGCUUCUUUUUGGGCAUCGGACUAGUAAAGAAUUUGAAGGAAUUUUUAUUUCUUUUGAAGUGUC